AUGACGCUAGAGAAAAUCCGUGAGGAGCUUUCUCACGAAUCCAUCAUGAAGUUCGAUAUGUACUUUUGUAACGAGAGAAGCCCGAAUGAGAUACCAAGGAACCAAGAAGCGAACACUUGUCUCUACGAGAUACUCGUUGACAACAAUAAUCUCUGCAUUAAGCGAAGCAAGAAACUUGAAGAAGUAAUGCCUCGUUUAAUUAACGAGAAAAAGUUAGAUUGUGGCAUUCGAUGGACUGAAGAUGGACCAAAACAGUCUGAUAACAUAGCAUUCAAGUUUAACAGAUAUGAAUUUGGAACACAACACACUGAAUAUAGAUGUACGUUUGAAAAUAGUAACAAGAAACUCUGUGAAAAUGGCAUUGAAUGGAAACUUAAUUUGAAUAUGUCAUGGUUACCAUUUACCGGCUCGAUGGGUGCACAUUGCGCGCAAAAAGGAUCAAACGGAGUUGAACAUAAAUCAUGCCGAAUACUCGAAAGAUAUAGUCGAAUGACAUUAUUGAUGAAAAAAGAACAUAUAAAACCUUCCGAUGAAUUUACAGACGAUGUAGAGCAAGCAUUGAACUUGGGAAGUCAAGAGGAGAGGCGUGACGCAUUGAAUGAAGUUUGCGCGAAAUAUGGGCAUUUUUGGGCGAGAACUGUACAACUGGGAGGGCUGAUUAUCAAAAACGAGCAAGAGCAUAAAGAGACCAAUGUCCAUUCGACUGGUAGAGCAAUAGGCAUUGGUGCCACAUUGGGAACUACACUACUGGAAACAGAGGGAGGGAUAAAUCGGAAUAAUGAAACUCUGAAUCAAAACUUAUCUAGGAAUUCGGACAAGAAUAUUGCGGUUGUUGGGGGAGAUGAGACAGCUUAUAAGCGUGAUGAUACAGAUCAAUGGGAAAAAACGCUUGAAGAUUGCUUUACCUGGAAGAUAGUAGAUUAUGAAGAUAUAGUUUCAAUUUUUGAAAUUUUUGAAGAAACGACACGAAAUGCUAUUAUCAAAGCAUUUGGACCAAGAAUAUGCUAUUAUGGGAUUAACGAAUUGAAGCUUUCAAGAAAAACCUUAUAUCUAUGUGUGCGUCCACUAAAAAUCAAUUCUGAUGUAUGGAAAGGAAUUAGCCAGCACCAAAUUUUUGCAGAAGUCAUGUGUGAUGACAAGAGUGAUGCAAUAUUUGCAGUGAAUAUUGAACAAAAGGCAAUUGGGCCACCAAAUAUACAUGUUUCCAAAGUUCGGGAAAGUAAAAGUGGUGGUUUCAACAAUUUAUUUGGGAAGAGCUGCUAUACAUUGAAAAUAGCCUACAUUAUCACAGGCUAUCCACAAUCAUUCAUCUCCCAAACAGUUGAUGAAUUACCUGUUGAGGUUGAUGUUGUCGAAGGAGAAAAGAGAGAUGAUAAGUUUGUUGCUUCAUUGCCAAUGAUUCCAAAUAUUCAAGGUUUUAAUCAAAGAGUUGUCUUAAUCACUUGUUAUGUAACACAGCAGAUUAUGCGUGCUGGCAAUAUGAUAUUUGCAGUGCACCUUCACAAGGAUGAUACCAAUAUUACUGAAGUAUGCAUUUCUGACACUCGGAAUAAUAAUAACAAAGAACAGACAAUCGCAGGUCAAUUUACACCACCCAACGGCAACAUGGCUGGUCGUUCCAAAGAGGCAAAAAUGAAUAUUGACGUAGUUGGCGCGAAAGUAGGCGAAGUGGCACCAGAGGCCAGCGUAUAG